GUGGGAUCAGUUCAGUCCGGUCCUGUUUUGGUUGUGUUGGAUCCCUAACGUGGCGCUGCCUGUAUCUUCUUUAGACUGUGAAAUCUGACCAAAUCAAGCCCUGCUGCCUUAAUGGAUGGAUAUCCAUUACGUGUUUUCUAACUCUCGGGGCCUCUCAGGUGUACAGCCUUGACAAGUCUCCGUACCGUUAACAUUAUUGUCAACAUGAAGAUCGCGAGGGAGGACAUCGUUUUUCAGGCUCUCCUCUUGAUCCACAUCUCUGUGGCCUGCCUCCUCUCUGCAGUGUCAGGUCAGUCUGGCAGCAGCAGCAGCGUGGUGGUGGCAGGUUAUAAUGUGAGCGCCCCCGCUGGAUCGAGGGUGGUGCUGCAGUGUGUGAGCGGACGCAUGGUGUGGACCAGGGACAGGGUAAGGGACAGGCAGAGGGUGGUCCACUGGGACUUAUACCGGGCCAGUCCAGACUAUGCCAGGGAGAGGAUGCUGGACAUGUUCUCUGCGGGGGACCAGAGGAUCUACAACUCCUACAACCAGGGCAGGGUCAGCCUCAGCCCCACAGCCUUCAUGGAUGGAAACUUCUCCCUGGUCAUCAAAGACGUGACAAUGAAUGACAGAGGUCUGUACUCUUGUAACCUCCAACAUCUCUACUGCCACCUGUACGAGACAGUCAGAGUACAGCUCAACGUCACUAAAUCACGUCGCAAAGAACAGCGCUUCUGGGAUGGACAAAAGGCGGUGUAUGUGGUGCUGCUCGGCAGUACCGUGGUGCUGCCGUGCAUCAACCGACGUAACGUGUGGACCGACUGGAGCGACGAGGAGGAGGACCAGCAGGUGGUCCACUGGGACCGUCAGUCCCCAGGAGUCAGCCAUGACCGUGCUGACCGGCUGGUGGAUCUGUACGCCUCUGGGGAGCAGCGUAGCUACGGGCCGCUGUUCCUUCAGAGGAAGAUGAACAUCAGCAACCAAGCUUUCUCAGAGGGAGACUUCUCGCUAGCCAUAUCGGAUUUGCAGCCGACAGACAGGGGGAUGUAUUCCUGCCACCUCCACCAUCAUUACUGCGGUCUACAUGAGAGAAGAGAGUUUCAAGUCACAGUGGAACCACCUAUGAUUCAGACCACCCUGCCAGCCAAAGCACUGCCUAGUGAAGACAAAGACACCACUAAGGCUGAAUCACCGCGAGUCAUCAACGUUAUUCUGCCAGAUCAGCGACACCACUUUCUCCUGCCGCUGGGCUACGUCCUCACCUCCUUCCUGCUCCUGGCCUUCAUCAUCCUCAUUAUCAUCCUCAUCACACGCAGACAUAAAACCAAAGAGUUUUAUCCGCAUGCAUCCAUGAGGUCCAGCAGAAGUCAAAGCAGCUCAGAAGAGUUCGAGAUGGACGUUGCUGAAGGGAAUGUGUGCAGCCGGGAGGAGAGAAGAUUUGACUAUAAGAACAACCUGCUGAAAGAGAACCACAUGAACCCUCAGCCUAAAGUCAUUGAUCUUGACAAAGAGAUGCAGAAAUUUUCUAAGUGAGGAAAUGACGAAUAAAAACAAGCUAAACUGGAGUCAAUGGCUGGUCCAGAGGCUGCGCUUCAAACUGAACUCCUCCUCUCUGCCUUCUGUCCUGGCAGGAGAGACAGCAAGAGAGAAUAUGUAAAAAAAGAAAUAAAAAAUAGCUCACACUGAGGCCACAUGUUUCCAAAUUGUCAGUAUUAGAGCCAAAGAAAAACCGAGUUUUCUUUCGUACUUGAUCAAACUAAAAAGACUGGACUUUGGACCACUGUGCGUGGACAAGAGUGCCACCCAGAGGAGAGUCUAAAGCAAGCCUUGUUAAAUGAAGGAUUGAUGUGUACAUAAGGCGAAUAAAGCUCAGUUGUGACCGAGUGAAUCUGAAUUAUCAGUUAUUACAGCUUUGAUCAUUAUUCCUGAAGUCAAAAACAACAUUUUGAUAUUUUUGUUUUCACUUUGUUCUGUUUUACUCACAUAUCCAUCUCAGCUUAACUGACCGGACUAAAGCACCAUUGAGGCGCUACUCAUCAGUGUGUACUGCUUCCUGUAGGCUAUGAUUAACUGUAUGCUAACUGACCAAUGAAGCGGUGUAUGGAAACAAUUUUUAUCUCGAUGCUCAUUUUUUGUGGAAUGUUCCCUUUUUACACGUAUUAAAUGUAAUGUAUUAAAUGUCAAUGUUUGAUGCUGAUGUUCAAAUGCAAUUGCUUCUCCCACGUGAUUGGUCUGAGUCUCUUUGUGUUCAAAUGACCUUGUGAAUAUCAUCCAAUAGAUAUUGUUGUUUGUUAACUGAAUGUGGACAUAAAAGCAUAGGUGUUGCUAAUAACAUUAAGGAUGGCUGUAUGCUAUGCAAGAGUCCCAGUAAGACACGACAGUGUGAGAAUGAGCCAGCAUGAACAAUACCAGGACUCUGAAACUCAAGGAGCUAAAUGUAAUUCAGCCAUCAUUAAUUGUAUUAUUUUCACUGCUAAUCCAAUAAAACCUUGAUGCAGGGGC